GAGGCGCUGGGCGGGCGCACGUGGGUGGCGGCGCGGCGGGAGGGCGUAUGGCGAGCUCCGCAGGGCUGUCGCUUUGUGGACAGGCGGUGGUGGUGCGGGGCGGCAGCCGGUUCCUGGCCACCUCCACUGCUAGCAGUGAUGGUGACAGCCUCUUCACAUAUGAUUGUAGUACUGCUGAAAAGAAGUCACAAGAAAAUAAAGGGGAGGACGGGCCACCCGUGGAUCAGGGGAGUGACACAGUUCUGGCGUCCACCUUCUCCCAGUCUGGCAGCUAUUUUGCUUUAACCGAUGACAGUAAGCGUCUGAUUCUUUUCCGUACAAAACCAUGGCAAUGUCUGAGUGUCAGGACCGUGGUGAGGAGGUGCACCGCCCUGACCUUCACAGCCUCCGAGGAGAAGGUUCUGGUGGCAGACAAGUCUGGGGACGUUUAUUCCUUUUCGGUGCUGGAGCCACAUGGAUGUGGCAAGCUGGAACUUGGGCACCUGUCGAUGUUGCUGGAUGUGGCCGUGAGUCCUGACGACCGCUACGUCCUCACUGCCGACCGGGACGAGAAGAUCCGCGUCAGCUGGGCCGCGGCACCGCACAGCAUCGAGUCCUUCUGCCUCGGGCACACGGAGUUUGUGAGCCGCAUCUUCGUGGUGCCCGACCAUCCCGAGCUGCUUUUAUCCUCCUCGGGGGAUGGCACCCUGAGACUCUGGGAGUACAGAAGUGGCCGAGAAUUGCACUGCUGUCACCUGACCAGCCUGCAGGAGCCGAUGGAGCCUUGGGGCAACAAGAGGUUCGCCGUGUCCAGGAUCACUUACUGGUGCCAGGAGAACUGCGUGGCGCUUCUGUGUGACUGCAUCCCUGUGGUCUACGUCUUCCAGCUUGAUGCCCCCAGACAGCAGUUGGUGUACCAACAGCAGCUGACUUUCCAGCACAGAGUGUGGGACAUUGCUUUCGAGGAGAGCCAGGGGCUCUGGGUCCUGCAAGACUGCCAGGAAGCCCCCCUUGUGCUCUUCAGGCCUGUGGGUGGUCAGUGGCAGUCUGUUCCUGAAAAUGCCGUGUUAAAGAAGGUCUCCGCUCACCUCCGUGGCAAUUGGGCCAUGCUGGAAGGCUCUGCCGGCGUGGACGACGGCUUCAGCAGCCUGUACAAGGCCACCUUCGACAACAUGACCACCUACCUGAAGAAGAAGGAGGAGAGGCUGCAGCAGCAGCUGGAGAAGAAGCGCCGGAAGAAUCCGCCUCCUGGGCCCAACGGACAGACCAAGAAGAUGAAGUCAGGGGAGGCCUCCUAGAGCUGCGCGUCCCAGGGGUCGUGA